UUUUUUUCAGAUGAGCGAAUUCGAUAGCAAUGAAUUUUCCACAUUCUAUGAAGCACUCCCCACAUUUUUUAACAAAGAUAAUUUCGUUCAAGUAAAAAACUCCAUUCUUUGUGAAGAAGACAUAUGUUAUAAAUACGAAAAGUCUUUGUGUAUAUUUGAUUCAAAGAAUAAAUAUAUAGAAGAAAGAAUACCAAAAAAUUUUUUGAAGAAUUCUUUUUAUUGUGUUUGUGAAAAUGAUGAGGAGUGCACAGAAAAUUUAAUAAUGAAUAUAAAAAAUGAGAACAAAUUAAAAAAUUAUAUUUUAAUUUUACGUGAUUAUGAAAAUUUGUGUAAUGAUAAAAUAUUUAAUUGUAUUCAGAAUGUACAUAACUCAAAUUUUAAAAUAGAAGAUAGCGAAAAAAUAUUUGAAGUACCAUCGCGUGUAGAAACAAAUGAAGUACUUAAAAAAAUAAGUGCAAAUAUAGAAAAAAUUUAUAGUAAUAUGUUAAAAAAUGAUGUUUUAAUACUUUUAUCUUUUAAUAAUAAUUAUUUAGCUGAAGAAAAAGUAAAAGAAACAUAUUUCUUAGCAAAAGAUAUUUUCUAUUCUAAUGCUGAUAUGGAAGAAAAGAUAAAUAAUAUAAAAGAUAAAAUUAAUUCGCUUCAAAAAAUUAUUAAUAAAAAAAAAAAUAAUAAUGAAGUUAUUAAUUAUGCAUUUUAUGAAUUCCAAGAUUUAUUACUUAAUUAUGAUAAAUUUGUUCUUAAUUAUCUAAUUGAAAAUAAAAAUAAUGACAAAAACAUUUACAUUAUAAAUUCCUUGACAAAUCUAAAAAAUAUUCUGAAUAUUAAUUCGAAGAAAAAGGAGUUCAACGGAUGGUUCUCCCUACUAUUAAAAAAUUGA